GCGCCUCCUCCGCCACAUCAGCAAGUAACCGCAGAAGCGUCAGCUCCCGGACAGCGGCUCGCAGCAGAGCGGCAGCGGCAGCGGCAGCUUCGUGCAGAGCUUAUCCCAGACCCGGCUCCGGAUUUCCGACCGAUGUGAGAUACAGAGCGUCGCAGGCAAGAUGGGGAUGUUUGGAGUGAUUAUAGGAGCUUUGCAUUACCUUGGGCUCUAUGCACAACUCUCCGUGUCUUCACAAGCUCUAUUCACUGAGGUCCCCCGUGAUGCCACAGCCAGGGCCGGUCAGGAUGUGGAGAUGGCCUGUGCUUUUCGAGGGAGUGGCUCACCCGCCUACUCAUUGGAGAUUCAAUGGUGGUACAUUCGUAACUCCAAGGACUGGACUGACAAACAGGCAUGGAACUCCCACCAGAUGAAAGUUCCUGCUCAUGAGGAAUCCACAAAGGAUGCAACAAAAAUAAGCGCUGUGAAGGUGGUUGGAAGCAAUAUCUCUCACAAGCUACGGUUAUCCAAUAUAAAGAUUACAGAUGAAGGCACUUAUGAAUGCCGAGUGACUGAUUACAGUGAGGGCAAACCCAGGCAUCACAAAGCCAAAGCCUACCUGAAAGUCAAACAUGAGAUGCCAUCACAUGGAGCCUCCGCGCACAUGCAGGAUACCAAGGUUCGAGGAAUCGAAGGGACUCACACAAAUCAUAUUGCUAAAUCCUCGUCCUAUUCCACCAGCCCUCAAACAGUCCGGGCUAUAAAGGAAGGAGGGCUGGAGAAUGACUGUGAACAGAACGAUCAGUCUCUUGAUAGUGAUCGUAUCCACUGUGCUUAGCUGAAUAAGCAUUUGAGGGAAGUCAAGUGUUUGUAAAUUGUAUAGAAGGAGUGCAUGACCACCUUCAUUGUGGGAAUAUUCUGGCAAAAUAAAAUCUCCAAAACUGUAGUUAAAGUUGAAACCCCAUGUUGAAAUAAUUUCCUUAUUUGAUAUGUCUAAGAUUAUUGGAAGUAAAUUAUUGAUUUCAUUACAUCCGAGCGGAUGUUAAUAUGUGCUAAGUAUCCUAUAUAGAAACAUUUAUCUACCUAAUAGUUCAAUAGAGACAAACUCAGAUCAACUUUUCUUCUGGGCUUUUCCAAGCAGUUCAGAAUAAUGUUAAGAAAUCUUUUAUUUUCAAAUUGCCAUAGAACAGUUAUUCAACAUUAGAAGCCUUUAUUUCAGAAUCUCUCAUCAUUUAGCAAUUGAAACCCUAUUUUACUCAACAAACCAAGAACUAUUCCAUCUUCUAACAAGACAAAAACAUUAUCACAACUCAUGAAUAUCAACCAUUGCCUAUCAAUUCUAGUCCGUGCAUUAAGAACGUCCAACUCAUUCUUUUUGCAAGAACUUACUAUCAAUAAGGACUAUCCCAAGUAUGUCUUGAUUUUAAAUGUUUAACAUCAGUAUACAGUGUCCCAAAAAAUUAUUUUAAUUAGAUCUAAAAUAUCCAGCUUAACUGAGUCUUAAAUUCCCCAAUAAAUUUUCUUGUUCUUCCUCAUGUCAAUCCACUGUAUUUAAUAACCUGAGUUGGAUGAUCAGCCAUGAUCAUAUUGAAU